UCUCCCUUUUCCCUCUCAACAUAAGUUAGUUGUUUGAGUUGUGGAGUUAGGUAGCUAGUUAACAGGAAAGCGGAACUAGCAAGCUAGCAGCACAUUAGCUGGUUUACCGAGUUGCCCACGGAUCCUGCCUGUUUACGAUCCUUACAACCCUACUGCAAUUUUUCAGACAAUGCCGCAGAAUAUCGAGCUUGGUGCCACGGGGGGGACCUCCAAACCGGACAGCAGAAACAUGGAAGACAUGACUGUGGAGCAGAUGACCAUGAGGGCCAACCAAGUGACGGACGAGUCACUGGAAAGCACCCGGAGGAUGCUGCAGAUGGCAGAGGAGAGCAAACAGACCGGUGUCAACACCAUGGUGAUGUUGGACCAGCAAGGAGAGCAGCUGAGGCGUGUGGACGAGGGCUUGGACCAGAUCAACCAGGACAUGAGACAGGCUGAGAAAAACCUGACGGACCUCUCCAAGUGCUGCGGCCUCUGUGUCUGCCCCUGUAACAGGGUGUCGUCUAUCGAGCAUGACUCACAAUACAAACGUACCUGGGGUAUUAGAGGAGCUGACGGGGAAGUUGACGCCAAUGGCUCAAAAGUAGUCUCAAAGCAGCCCUCAGGCGUUAACAAUGGCCAGGCUGGCCAGGAGAACACCUCGGCGCCCUCAGGCCCGUACAUCAAGAGGAUAACCAACGAUGCACGAGAGGAUGAAAUGGAGGAGAAUCUGGAAGCAGUGGGCAGCAUCGUUGGCAACCUGAAAAUGAUGGCUAUGGACAUGGGCAAUGAGAUAGACCAGCAGAACAAACAUAUUGACAACAUCACUAGCAAGGCGGAAAUGAACAGGCUUCGUAUUGAUGAAGCGAACCAGAGAGCCAACAAGCUCCUCAAGUAGACAAGGAACCCUGCUUCUGCCAGUUUUAUCUAUCAACCUUGAGCCUCUGUCGCCACACUCGUACACACACACUGCAUACACAUGCACAAACACAUGCACAACUCUUUAACAUAAAAAAAGAAAUUCAGUCAGGAAGAAUAUCUUUUGCCAUCAGUGUGCUAGCCUUUUAUUGCACUAAGAUGUAGGUAGAAUACACAAAUAUUUUUCUAAUUAAAAAAUUUGCCUGCAUCUUUGAAACAUGCAUUUAUAGUCACGCUGGACUUUAAGAAGCAGCAUGAGCAUCAGAAACUGCACCAUAGAGGAAGUGACGGACUGCAUAUCACUGCUGUUCAAUACCAAAUAUGCCCCAGGCCUGUUGUAUCAAAUCUCAACAUUAAAAGGAAGGGAAGUAGCACAGGUCAGCUGCUUUGCUCUCAUUUUUUUCAUUUCUCAUUUUUUUUUUUUUUUUUUUCACCUUUCUCAAGUCUAUCAAGAACUAUGACCUCACUUUGUCUUAGUGCAUAUCUAGUUUGUAUGGACGAGCUCACGUAUGAGGUCAUGGGUACAUGCUCAUUAGCUCUCUUUUAGUGGUUUUCAGCACUGCAUUAAUUAAUGUGUCACCCCCUGUUGGUCCUAUCUAGAUACAGAAUCUAGUUUAAUGAUAAAACAUUUGAAACUAAUGCAUCUUACUCACAUUCUUAUCAGUUUAAUGUGUAAUUAGGUUUAUUGUAUUGUAUGUUAUUGAAACAAUGUGCUUAUUUAAUUACUUUAUCAAGCAGAAAUGACUUGCGAAUAAAGUUUUGGUUUUUAACACUUUGUUCUCAUGUCAUUUAUGCCAUUUCAGAUGUAAAAGCUAUAUCACAAAACCUAUAAACCAUUGUGCUUUGGAGUGAGUCGUGGCAAAUCCUUUCAUGCUGGAAUUCAAAGCCCCUACCCCUAAAUGAUAGCAAUUAAUUUUUUUUUUCUCUCUGAAUGAUGAGGAGUCAAUGUCGUAACUAUUUGCAAGAAGUGCAAGACACUGAACUGGUGGUAAAAAUUUUAUAUACAUACAUACAUACAUACAUACGAGAUGUAAUCUCUUGUCCUUCAAAUGUGAAGGAGGGUCAGUAAGCAUCGUGAGUGAAGUUCAUCAAUAACUCCUCCAAAGCAUCUGGUUUAUUUUAGAAUAACACUGAAUAUGUAAAACAUAACAGUGAAUGAAUAACCGUAGAUUUGGCAUCAGUGAAUCAACUGCUGUACUUCAUAUUUAGUGUCUCUUGCGGGUUUUUUCACUCUUGCCGCAGUGUUGAUGUAAAUACUGAAACAUAUUGUAGCCUUUGAAAUUAUCUGCCUAUAGUCAUUCUGUUAAUCUAAUUUCGCUCCUCUUUCUUUGUCACCUCCUGGUUAAUAGAGAUUUAUAACACCCAACAGGAGACCUACCAGCCUAUGCAGGGUUCCUACACAAGUCUAGUAAUGUGUGGAAAAAUGAAUUGCCUCAAGGCUGAUAUUUGCAGUUUGUAAAAGUAUGAAAACAAAUGUUCAGUUAUAAAACCCACUGUUCUACAUUGUUUAAUUAAAUAUAACUUCUCACAUUGGCUUACUAGGUCAUUGUCAAGCAGCAGUUUUGUCAUAAUGAAAACAACCUAGGAUGUUUAAAAUUAAAGCAAUUAGUCUAGAUAAAAGUAAUUCAGAAAUGGCAGAAUGUGCGGGACCCCUGUCAAUGACUUAUAGGUGAUCCAUGGUUGUGUUCUAACAACCAUUGUAUCACAAGCUUCUCCUCUUGUUUAUGUAAAUAGCCAGUUUUCACUGCAGAGCUGCAGUAAAAUGAUAAUAUCUGAUGAUGAUGAUGAUGAUGAUGAUGGAAAGCAUAAUUUGUUUUGUCGAAGCCGUAGCCAGGCUGAGAAAUUACUGCAGGCAACAGGAUGCAAAAGUCUACAUGUAAAUGAAUGAUGUUUCAGGGGUAAGCAUAGACACGUAAUACGUCCUGGUGGGCUCUGUUAAGGCCUUGCUGUGGAAAAUUGGCUAAUGAUAAAGUAAUACAUUAUUCUCAAAAUAUCUCUCGUAUGCAUCUUCCAGCUUAUUUGUUUUGAGGAAAAAUUAUAAUGGGUAUGCUCGGCUGCAGGCAUACACCUAUUGUGUUUGUAAAGAUUGAAAUGAACUGUUAUUCAGGGCUUUGUGUUGCUAGAAAUGAUCUCCCUCAGUCUGUUACUUGUCAGCUGAGAUCUAAUUGGUCUAGCCUAAGGCUGACUCGCUGUCUUAAGGCUGUUUAUCCAUUGUUUUAUCAACAGCCACUGGAAUGUAAAUCCAACCGUUUGUCGAUUUUUGAAUAUGUUCAUAUGCAGCUCUUCUUAUCUGAAAUUAGCAGAUGACUUUUCAACAAAGUAAAAAUGCAUUUUGUUUCACACCUGCCUCCUAUUAAAUUGUUUGUAUUCAAUAAAUCUAUUCUGAAAUUCA